ACCUCUCGCUACAAAAUCCAAAGCCUCAUCUUUCUUUCCACCGAAAAAAACAAUGCUUGGAAUCCAAUCCAUUUCUGCCAGAAGAUGGAUGGAGAAAUCUGCAAAUUCUCUCGUUUCAGCAAUCAGCUUCCUUGUUUUUGCAUUCUUGGAUUUGUUAGAUUGUAUUUUGUGCAUUUUCUACAGGUGGGCUGAUGAGUUCAUGGAGGGAAACACCUCUACAUGUUACUGUCAAAGCAUUGAAAAACAGGGGAAAACAGAGGAAGAUGAGAGAGAGAGUGGAGUCUCGGAAACUUUGUACGUGAGGAAAAACGUUUUCCGGGAUUUGGGUGUCCUUGAAAUGAGUAGAGAAAGAGAAGGUGGCCGGAAAAACAGAAGUUCAACGGCGGUGAGAUGGUCGGACUGUAGCUGUGAGUCAUGUGUCUCAUGGCAUGGGAAGGCAGAGAAGCUUCAUUUCGUUGUACAAGAACCAAACCAAGCUGCAAACGAGGAUGGCAAAGAAAAUUCAGCUGAAAAUGUGAUCUUCUUACAUGGGUUCAUUUCAUCUUCAUCGUUUUGGAUAGAGACAGUGUUCCCAAAUCUAUCAGAUUCCACAAAGCUAAAUUACAGGUUUUUUACCGUCGAUCUUUUGGGUUUCGGUAGAAGCCCAAAGCCUAGGGACUGUUUGUACACACUAGAUGACCACUUAAGAAUGAUAGAGAAAACCAUAAUUGAACCAUUUCAAUUGAAUUCUUUCCAUCUGGUAGCGCAUUCGAUGGGGUGUAUUAUCGCCCUGGCCUUAGCUGUGAAGCAUCAAAAUUCAGUGAAAUCAAUCACACUAACUGCACUGCCAUACUUCCCUUCGUCGAAAGAGAAAGCGAGUCAGACGGCACUCAACCGAUUGGCUGAAAGGAGAGUGUGGCCACCAUUGCUGUUUGGUUCAUCUAUUAUGUCAUGGUAUGAACAUUUGGGAAGAAGCAUUUGCUUCCUUGUUUGCAGAAACCACAGGACUUGGGAAUGGAUUCUCCAACUACUUACUAGGAAGAGGGAUCUCCGCUUCACGAUCGUAGACUUGCCCAGACAUACUCAUCAUUCAGCCUGGCAUACCAUGCACAACGUCAUAUGCGGCGGGGCCAGAUUGAUGGAUGAUUACUUGGAAAUUUUGAAUAAAUCAAGGGUCAUGAUUACACUAAUUCAUGGUGACAAAGAUCAAGUGGUACCAUUGAAGUGCAGCUACAAUGCGAAGGUGAAGGUUCCACAUGCAGAGGUUAAAACCAUCACCAAUGCUGACCAUUGCACUGUAAUCUUUGGUAGAGAAAAGGAUUUUACAAGGGAUUUGGAAAAAAUAUGGUCCACCUCUUGAGAAAAUCAGUCACAAAUUCAUGUAGUGGAUCCAUGUGAGGAGAGAGAAUGUGAAUCCUCUGUUUCAUGGAAAAAGUGAGCAGCUGAUUCCACCUUUAUUAUUGGUCCA